GCCGUGAGGGGGAGGGUGGGAAGCAAGCCCUGUGGAAACUGAUCCGGACGGCAGGGAAUGUGCCAGGGUGGCAAGAGGUCAUGAGGUUUCUGCUGCCUCGCCCAUCCCCCUUGCAGGCCGUGGUCAGCCGGGGCCCCUGUCUGGAUGGUGGGGGCACCUCUGGAGGCAGAAAAGGGAGGAGGGUGACCGGCUCCAGCUGGCCCACCUCUGGAACCGCCUUCUUCCUUCCCCGGCUCCUGCCAGGUCCAGGAAUUUGAGGGCUUGUCCACCCCAAGCUCAGGCUGGCUCGCGCUGCUCCCCUCUUGGGCAGGAAUCUCACUCCUGCCUGUCCUCUGCCCUGGGCUUCAGGCCUGGCAUCCUGCCUGGUGUGGAGCCUGGGGAGGGAGGGGGUCUCCAGGGUCUGGCCAUCCUUCCGCUGUUGGUACAAAGGGAAGACGGCUUCUCUGCCGGGGCAGAGGUGGAACCAGAGCCCACACAGCCGCUCCGUUCUGCUUGAGUCUUCUGGAAUGGACCUGCCUGCCUGGAAACCAGCUCACCCUUGUUCCUGGGCUUGCCUGCCCCCCCGGGGAACACAGGCGACCUGGGCAGCGGUUAGGCUGUGGCCACAGCAUUCGUAGCCGAGGAUGUCCCAGGCCUUGGAGCGCUCCGAGGGCUGCUGGGCCUGGGUGGUGCUGCUGGCCUCCGUGGUGACGCAGGGCCUCACCCUGGGCUUCCCCACGUGCAUCGGCAUCUUCUUCACCGAACUGCAGCGUGAGUUCCAGGCCAGCAACAGCGAGACUUCCUGGUUCCCCUCCAUCCUGACAGCCAUGCUCCACGCAGGGGGCCCCCUCUGUAGUAUCCUGGUGGGACGCUUUGGCUGCAGAGUGACGAUGAUGCUGGGUGGCGUGCUGGCCAGCCUGGGCAUGGUGGCCGGCUCCUUUUGCCGCACCCUCGGCCAGCUCUACCUCACGGCAGGAUUCAUCACAGGCCUGGGCAUGUGUUUCAGCUUCCAGUCGAGCAUCACCGUGCUGGGACUGUACUUCACCCGCUGGCAGGUGCUAGCCAACGCCCUGGCCUCAGCGGGUGUCUCCCUAGGCAUCACGCUCUGGCCGCUGCUCUCCCGUUACCUCCUGGAGGACCUGGGCUGGCGAGGCACCUUCCUCAUCUUCGGCGGGGUCCUUCUCCACUGCUGUGUCUGCGGGGCCGUCGUGAGGCCCGUGCCUGCCAGCAUGACCCCAGAGGCCAGAGAAGGCCUCCCCUCGCCUUCCAAGAGACCCUCGCGAGGCUGCCGGGCGGCAUGUGGCCGGGCCAUCCGGCGCCACCUGGCCUUCGACGUCCUGCGGGACAACGUGGGCUACCGCGUAUACACGCUGGGGGUUGUCUGGAUGAUCCUGGGUUUCCCGCUGCCCCACGUCUUCCUGGUCCCGUACGCCAUUCGGCAUGGGAUGGACGAACAAAAGGCAGCCCUGCUCAUCUCCGUCAUCGGCUUUAGCAACAUCUUCCUGCGGCCCAUGGCUGGGCUGGUGGCGGGCCGCCGGGAGUUUGCAGGCCACCGCAAGUACCUGUUCAGCCUGGCGGCCCUGCUCAACGGGCUCACCAACCUGGUGUGCGUGGCGUCGGCCGACUUCCGGGUGCUUGUGGGCUACUGCCUGGCAUACAGCGUGUCCAUGAGCGGCAUCGGUGCCCUGCUUUUCCAGGUCCUUAUGGACAUCGUUCCCAUGGACCGGUUCUCCAGCGCCCUGGGGCUCUUCACCGUCCUGGAGAGCAUCUCCAUCCUCAUCUCCCCACCGUUGGCUGGACUCCUCCUGGACACCACCAAUGACUUCAGCUACGUUUUCUACAUGUCAAGUUUCUUCCUCAUCUCGGCUGCCCUCUUCAUGGGUGGCAGUUUCUGUGUCCUGGGCAAGAAGGAGCAGCAGGGCCCAUGGGCUGAGGCCAAAGGAGCUGUCCCAGAAGCUGCCCUGGAGCAGGGCCUCACCGCAGAGGACAUGGAUGGUCCUGAGAAGCGGCUGCGUGUCGAGAUCAUGUAUGUGACCAGCGUCUGAGCCCUGGGGUCACUCACCUGUGUGACCAGCUUCUGAGCCCUGAAGUCAGCGAGUCCUGCCUCAGCCCAGGAAGGGGACGUCUGGCUACUUUGCCAGAGGCUGGGGUGAAGGGCUACCCAGCAGCCCUGACCCGAAGGCCAUCCCGGCCCUGCAGGAUGGGACUCAACCAGGAGCUGGGACCUCAGAGGUUUGCCGCCAAACACUCAGGGUUCCUUCCAACAAGCAGAAUCCAGGAGCAGGUCCUCCUAACUUUUCCCUUGGGCACCAGAGCCCCUGGGGCCCAGGAAGGUGGGUCUGAGCCCAGCUCGGGUCUGUCGUGACCGGCUUGGCUCAGCUGCCUGCCUAAUUUGCUGCUGCUACAGCUCAAGACACUGGACCCUCAAGUCCAGCCUGGAUGCCUCCCAUGUGAUCUCUAUCCAUCACCCUCCAGACAGUUCCAGAGAGCUGCUCGCCCCUCCUCCGAGUCCCUCCUGCUCCCCCUUCUUCCCAGGUGGCCCAGCCCGUGCCCUAAGGGCUGCCCCCAGCACAGGUUGCCGGGCCCUAUGCUGGAACCUUGGCAAGAGGGGCCUCGGGAGAGGAGUUGUGACAGAGGGCCAGGCGGAGGUGUGGGCCCGGAUGCAGGGCGUGGACAGAUUAAAUGUCGGGUGGGGGCCCUGUGCAGAGAACUGUAGGGGAGCCCUGGCUUGGGCCCUAGAAUCACAAAAGGCUGAGAGACCCCUGCCCGCUCAGGGUCUGCUCAAGGGUCUCCUCCCUCCUUGGCCCCUCCCUGCAUCUCAGCUGGAAGAUUAGUGUUGGGUGCGAGGAGCCAGCCAUCAGAUGUGGGGAGGAAGUGUUGCUGGGCAGGGCCCCAAGACCUCUGUGAAAUGGAGCUGCUUUCGCAACAGAAGCUGUUUCACUCCC